AUGAGCAUUAGCAUUACAGAUUUUGCGCGUUUCCGAGCUCAUCCAGAAGAUCUUGUCGCUCAUCAGCAGCAACGAUUGCCGUGGUCAACGGUAGCAGGGAGCGCGAAGGCGCCAGCUUCGAUGGUAAGCGGAUACGCCUCAAUGCCAGUUUCGCCUUUCCCUCAUUUUAGUGUACCAGGUGGUUCGUCGGCUCACCGUGGAGCAGGCCCCGAUGUGAGGUCACAAGCUAGCGGUGGAUCUGGAGAUGGCAGUGGAUCCGGCAGCGACCAUAAGAGGUUUCUUAAAAUUCCAUUUCAAACAACGAUUCCGCAACGGUUGGACGAGCUGCCCUCUGAUCUUGCUGCUAGUCGACAGUCGUUUCGCAUGGCAAUGAACCAUCCGUACGAGUUUUUUGUCGAUAAUCUCUAG